AGUAGUGUGUGUACCAGACAAGUAGCGACAGUGCAGACCUACAUGUAUUAUGUUCAAAGGAGCUACUCGUCUUCAUACCACUGUGGUAUUUUAUGGUGGAGCACAUGCUACCGCAUUCACUACAAUUCACACCUUCAAUAUGCCUCACAUCGUGUGUACCAUGUCCAAAGUGGUUGCUGCAGUGGAUAUCACAGUGCUGGAGGAGAGUGUGUCUCUCCUGCAGAUGCACCAGUAAAUGUGAUAGUUGAGAUCUUAAACUCCACUGCCAUAUACAUCCAAUGGGACCCCCCUCUUGCUCCCAAUGGUAUCAUCAUCCUUUACACGGUCUACAUCAAUGGCAGCCUUCUCCUCAAUGUCAAUGCUACAAGUGGGACUCAAAACAUAUCCCUUGAUGGUUUCUCUCCCUACCAAAUAGUGAAUGUAAGUCUUUCAGCCAGUACUGAAGUUGGAGAAGGGCCUUUGACAAAUACACAAAGUGUCACCACUCAUGAAUCAGUUCCUGGUCCCGUAAGGAAUCUGAAAGUAGUUGCACCGACCGCUAAGAGUCUCCACAUAUCAUGGAACCCGCCACGAUACCCAAAUGGAGCCCUUACUGGAUACAUAGUCUUGGUUACAAGCACCACAGAAAUCAUCUCCAGAAUCAUAGCUGUUCAUGAAACAAUAAUUAUAGAAAGCGGAAUUCGUAAGUUAAUGCAUUUUGAUAAAGGUUUCUCAGGUCAAGCACUCAAGAUCAGAACAUUGUCUUUUAGAACUCACAUGGUUGUUUUCCUUGAAGCAUUUUCAUGA